AUGCUUAACACAAGCUGUGGUGGCAUCUGUAUGCCGGUAGGCCUCUACAGGAAGAUAGAAAGCAGGAUAGAACCUACCGGAAGGGGGCAGCCAAUUGGCUCUGUCCUGCAAAAUAUUUGCAACACGUCGCCACCAAGGGGACGAGGCACAAGUGAAGAAACUGGAAACCAGGUGAGAAGGUCAGUAGAAAAUAUCGAAGGAAUGGAGACUCUAGGUAGUGGUCUGAUGAAACGAGUCUACAAGGAAGCAGAGGAAAUGGACCAGACGGAUUACAACAGUGUCGACCCAGGAAUAUUUGCACAUCUUCUGGACCAAGUGCAUAUGAGGAUACUGGGAGAAGUCUCAUCCCCUCACGACGCCUCUUGCGGUUGCCGACUAGAUAACAUCAUGAGGUUACUGUGUCAGAAGGAAACCCAGGACACAAGCGAUACCGAACCCGAGUUUCAGGCCACGUUUCUGGGGGUAUUCGCAUGUUUAGUACUUCUAAGUUUAGCAGACCUAGAGAUCAGAGAACUCCUACUUAAGGGCUCCAACGGCAUAUGUGCAGAUCUAAUCCCGAAAAUCUUCCCUACCGAAAGGCAGUGGACUCAGUGGAAAAACCAAGCCCGCAACAGGAGUCAAUUCCUUUCAAUUAGUUGCUGUGAGGGCAAGGAAGUGGGCGAUAAAGUAACGGGUACCUGGUUUUCACUUUUUUUGGCAAUUAUAAGAACAAUAAAGCAGGUAUGUCCCCAAUGUGGGCCGUAUAGGGGAUAUAUCCUGGAGGACACCUCAAGGACAACCAGUUCAAUGAGAGAAACCGAAUAUUGUGAUGUGACAUCAAACACAAUCCACUGCCAAACUUCCAACCCAGGGGGAAGCAGGAAGACGAUGUUAUGGAUGAGGAGGAGGGCAUACGGAGACCUUAUAUCAGGAUCUCCAAAAGAAGAGAACUCGGACCUAAACGGACAAGCCACAGAGAGGAGCCUCUUUACCCAGGAAGGAGACAAUGGCCAACCAACUCAAGACGUACAGCAAAACCUCAAAGGGGGAACUGAGAAUCACACAAUGCCUGAAUUACUCCAGGGACAAUCAAAGUCUAACUCUCAACCAAGCUCGAAAGGUGAAUCCGGAGAUGGCACUGGGCGAAAUCAGGAAAGGAAGGAGGAAGUGGCAAUGAAGAGUGUGCGGACGCCGAGCAACCAACACGGAAGUGGACCCAAGGAUAAUAACCAGAACACCGAGACCGGGUCCAUUGGGGUCACCAAGUCCUCGGGAACUAUCCCAUUUACCGAGGACCAAGAAGUUCUUGGGUCAGGAAAAAGCUCGUCCAGAAGAUCAACAGUAGAACAACUGAAUAACUCCCACACGGAUUCUUGGGGGGUCAUCUUAGGAGGGGUAACCGCAGUAUUACUGGGCGCCGUGGCUACGUAUGGAAUAAGCAGAAUCUUCAGCCGGGGGACCCUGCUGAAGGGUCAGAGCGAAGGGGGACGGAGCUACAGAAUAGGCUAUGGAGGAGUUGACUCCUGA